GGGUGGGCGGUGGCGGUAGUGGCUUGUCUCUGCGGUUGGUGACUCUCUGUGGUUGUCAGAGCUGGGAUCCUCUGAGUAGGAAGCUACUGGCGCUCGAGCGUUGGACGGGAUGUUUCGUCUUAACUCACUUUCCUCAUUAGCAAAACUGGCUUUGGGGUCUCGGUGGUACCAUGGAGGAUCACAGCCUACUCAGAUCAGGCGACGAUUAAUGAUGGCAGCUUUCCUGGGAGCUUCAGCAGUAACUGCAAGCACUGGUCUCCUGUGGAAAAGGGCCCAUGCGGAAUCUCCCCCAUCGGUAAACAACUUAAAGACUGAACUUGGUGAUAAAGGGAAGAAGAAAGAUGAGGGGGAAGUUUGUAACGAUGAAAAAAAGGCUGCAGAUACUUGUCUUGAGCCUUAUCCAGAAGAGAAAAAGAAGAAACGUUCUGGAUUCAGAGACAGAAAAGUGAUGGAAUAUGAGAAUAGGAUUCGAGCCUACUCCACACCAGACAAAAUCUUCCGAUAUUUUGCCACCUUGAAAGUAAUCAAUGAGCCUGGUGAAACUGAAGUGUUUAUGACUCCACAAGAUUUUGUACGAUCCAUAACACCCAAUGAAAAACAACCAGAAAACUUGGGCCUGGAUCAGUAUAUAAUAAAACGCUUUGAUGGAAAGACAGAGAAAAUUUCCCAAGAACGAGAAAAAUUUGCUGAUGAAGGCAGUAUAUUCUACACCCUUGGAGAAUGUGGGCUCAUAUCCUUUUCAGACUACAUUUUUCUUACAACUGUUCUUUCUACUCCUCAGAGAAAUUUUGAAAUUGCCUUCAAGAUGUUUGACUUGAAUGGAGAUGGAGAAGUAGACAUGGAGGAGUUUGAACAGGUUCAGAGCAUCAUUCGCUCCCAGACCAGCAUGGGCAUGCGCCACAGAGACCGCUCCACCACCGGGAACACCCUCAAGUCUGGCCUGUGCUCAGCCCUCACAACCUACUUUUUUGGAGCUGAUCUCAAGGGGAAGCUGACAAUCAAAAACUUCCUGGAAUUUCAGCGUAAACUUCAGCAUGAUGUUCUGAAGCUAGAGUUUGAGCGCAAUGACCCUGUUGAUGGGAGAAUUACUGAGAGGCAGUUUGGUGGCAUGCUGCUGGCCUACAGUGGGGUGCAGUCCAAGAAGCUGACCGCCAUGCAGAAGCAGCUCAAGAAGCACUUCAAAGAGGGAAAGGGCCUGACAUUUCAGGAGGUGGAGAACUUCUUUACUUUCCUAAAGAAUAUUAAUGAUGUGGACACUGCAUUAAGCUUUUACCAUAUGGCUGGGGCAUCUCUUGAUAAAGUGACCAUGCAGCAGGUGGCCAGGACAGUGGCUAAAGUGGAACUCUCAGACCACGUGUGUGAUGUGGUGUUUGCACUCUUUGACUGUGAUGGCAACGGGGAGCUGAGCAAUAAGGAAUUUGUUUCCAUCAUGAAGCAACGGCUGAUGAGAGGCCUAGAGAAGCCAAAGGACAUGGGCUUCACGCGCCUCAUGCAGGCCAUGUGGAAGUGUGCACAGGAGACCGCCUGGGACUUUGCUUUGCCCAAACAGUAACCAAAAUGGCAAAAGGGGACCCUCACCCCCACCCCAAGCACGCUAUUGCCCUUUGAACAGAGCCUGGGCACAGAUCUUUCUGCUGCUACUUCUGGAAGUAGUGUUCCCUUCCUCCUGAAAACGACCUCAGGAUUCUACCCAUCUCCAUGGUCCACCCUUUCCCUCUCCCAGCAUCCUGCAAGGCUCUGAUUCUGCCCCACGAUCAUUCUCCUGGGUUCUCAAAACCAUGAACAGUCCUAAAAGCUCAGGCCUUUGGCCCCUUCGACAACAUGCCCCAUUCAGCACCCUGUGGGUAAAGAGUAUAGGGAAUCAUCCCACACAGCUGCCAACCCUGGGAACAUUCAGUUCUCAAAUUAUUUUUGCUAUGGAUUUAUAUUAACAGAACAUUCUUCACUUUUCCCUACUGCUGGUGUUUUUAAGCUACAAGUUGGGAAAACCUCUGGCAGGCAAAAGGAAGUCUGUGAUGAGUGAGACUGAGGAUGGCCCUGGCACCCUGGGCUGGCAGGAAGCUGGGCCAGAGAAGGGGUCUGUGUCCCUCCCCAGGGCGGCUCUGAGGCCUGCUCCCGGAGGGUAAUGUGCUCAGUGAGAACUUGAGAAGAUUUGGAACGUAAAGCAGUUGCCUCGUGGCUCUCUCCACUCCCUUCUUUUCCUCCCAGGCUCCCUAAGAAGACUCCUCCAUGACUGUGUCUAAUGAGCGGCCGUGACUGAGUUCCUAUUCCCAGCAAGUGCCGUUUCCCCUCCGGGAGAGCGCCUCUGCAGCUGAGGCCCGACUCGGAGCCUGUCUGCCCUCUGUCUUAAACACUUAAGAAAUACCACUUUCAUUAGACCAGUUUGCAAUAAAUCUCCCCCAAAGG